AUGACCACUUCAGCUGCACCCCCAAUUCUGGACUUUUCUCCUUUCUAUGGUAAUGACAGCGAGGCCAAGGCAAAGCUAGUGGAGGAAGUGCGGAAGUGCUGCCACUAUAAUGGAUUCUUCCAAAUUACUGGCCACCGCGUGCCAUUGGAGUUGCAGCGACGCGUGAUGCAAUGCUCGAAGCGCUUCUUUAACCUACCUCUGGAGGAAAAGCUACAGAUCAAUAAAAAUCACAAUAAUUUCAACCGCGGCUACGAACUCCUCCGAUCACAGAUGCUCGAAGCGGGCACCGGCCCUGAACUCAAGGAAGGCCUAUACAUUGGGGAAGAGAUUCCAGAAGACCAUCCAUACUUCCUACAAAAGAAGUUGAAUAGUGGUCCGAAUCAAUGGCCGCAGACUGUUUCCGACAAGGAGGAGUUCCAGAAAACAACCAUGGAAUACUACCACGCUGUGUUUGAGUUGGCGAAGGAUGUGCUCGGUGUCGUGGCCCUUACCCUGGGAGUCGAGUCAAGCUUCUUCGAGCCACUUACUGAAGGUGCUGUCGCGACCAUGCGAUAUCUGCACUAUCCUGCGCAGCCCAAAGACGAGGACGAGAAACUGAACCGUGGAAUCGGAGCGCACACAGAUUUCGGCUGCGUUACUCUCCUACUACAGGACGAAAUUGAUGGUUUGCAAGUCUUGGAUGCUCCAUCUGGACAAUGGCUCGAUGUCAAACCUACCCCUGGAGCAUACGUGAUUAAUCUCGGUGACCUAUUCAUGCGCAUGGCCAACGACAAGUACAAGUCAAACACACACCGCGUUAUAAAUAAGUCUGGCAAGGAGAGAUACUCGAUUCCAUUCUUUUUUAGUGGAAAUCCAGACUAUCUCUGCGAGUGCCUACCAAACUGUCGAGAGCCGGGCGAAUCCGCUAAAUACCCCCCGAUCACGGUUCAAGACAUGGUUACCUCUGCUUACAAGGAUAGCUAUGGUCGCGCUGAGAAGUACAAGAAAGAACUUCAAGCGAAGAACGUGGAUGUGGGUCCAGCUGUAACUGCAGUUGGCGCAUAA